UUUUAUUCAUAGUAUUUGCAAUAACGUUGUGUGUAAAACCAAUUUUGUGUACACUGAACAUCAGAAAGCAAAUGUGUCCCUCCAUCAAACCCCUUCUACACUGCAAUAUACAACCCAUAUUACGGUAUCUUGAUUUUUUUUUAUGUCAGGAGCGACUUGAGAAACUGCAAGUCGCUUCUGGUGUGAGAGAAUUGGCCAUCUGCAAGGAUGUUGCCCAGGGGAUACCUUGAUGUUUUACCAUCCUGUGGGAGGCUUCUCUCAUGUCCCCGCAUUGGAAGCUGGAGCUGACAGAUGGGAGCUCACCCCACUCCCUGGAUUCGAACCACAGUCUUGCUGGCACAAGGGUUUAACCCAUUGUACCACUGGGGGCUCCUGGCAUCUUGAUUUGCACUGGAUUAUAUGGCAGUGUAGAUGCAUAUAAUCCAAUUCAAAGCAGAUAAUGUGGAUUAUCUGCUUGACUAUAUGGCAGCGUAGAAGCAGUUUAGCCUCAAAGUGGACUCAUCCUCCAGCUAGUUCGAGAGAGAGACACCAAGGACCGCUUUUUUCGAAGCAACUUUCCGAAAGAAAUAGAAACCUAGACAUUCUUUGCACCAAUAAAUUCACCUUCUUCUUUCUUGCGACAUGACAUUAGAAAUACAGCUUUAUUUCACUGUCGUAGCUCCCCUAAAAAGGAAUUACUUUCUUACAGGUAACUAUGUUACUUGCAACUAUUUUUCUCCUGCCAAAAAUAGUUAGAAGUAAAAAAAAGAAAUGAGAGAUUUCCAGAGCAGAAUUUUGGAACAAAUGAAGCAAACCCACCCAACUUAUGAGGAUGAUAGGAAAUAGUGUGACUUGAUAAAUAGAAUUGGAGAAAGAAAGGAGACAGACAGUGAGUAGUUAAGAACAAGUUGAACAUCCCUAAUAUCCAAUAUGCGAUAUGUGGGUUUUGGAAUGCUUACGUAUAUAGAAUGAGCUGUCUUGGAAACGGGACCCAAAUCUAAACAUGAAAUUCAUUUAUAUUUCAUAGACACCUUAUGCACAUGUUCUUUUAUAUUCAAUAUUUUUUAAUAAUUUUGUGCACAAAGCCAAAUCUGUAUGCAUUGAACCACCAGAAAGUGGAAAUGUCAUCUCAGCCACUGACGUGGACCAUUUUGAAGUAUUCAAGUUCACACUUUUUCUCCAACAGACAAGAGUUCAUUCUCCCACCCUGGACAUCAUUCCACAGAUAUAUAAACCCCACUUGCCUAGUUUCCGACAGAACUUACAACCUCUGAGGAUGCCUGCCAAAGAUGUGGGCGAAACGUCAGGAGGGAAUGCUUCCGGAACAUGGCCAUACAGCCCGGGAAACUCACAGCAACCCAGUGAUUCCGGUCAUGAAACCCUUCAACAACAGAUUUGGAAAUAAUUGUUGUUUGUUUGCACUCACUUCCCACCUUUUUGCACCAGUCUGAUAGAUUUGGAAGGGAUCCCAAGGGCCAUCUAGUCCAACCCCAUUCUGCCAUUGAAAAAGACACCGUGAAAAAAACCUCCCAACAGAUGGCCAUCCAGCCUUGGUUGAAAACCCUUCAUAGAAGUAAACUCCACCAAAUAGCAAACAAGCGAUUCAACUGUCAAACGUCUCUUUCCAUGGUGAACGUUCCCAAAAUUUAGUCGGAAUCUCUUUUCCUGCAAUUUGAAUCCACUGCGGUCUCUUUCAAUUCUACGAUUCUGUAAUCAAAGAUUUAAGGUUGGGAGAGCUAAGAGGCAUUCAGCUGAGCUCCGGUAUCGUCAUAGUUUUCCUUACUUUUAUCUUUUAAUAUUUUUAUAUUAUUUUACUCCCAUUCUGCUCCAGUCUGUUUCAGUUAUCUCCAGCUUGAGCAGUGAGCAACAUUAUUUUAGAAACUCUGGCUGUUUGCUCACAUUACUUGUGCUGUGUAUGCUGCUUCCUAUUCCUUGUUGCUCAUACUUAUCUCAGUUACUCUGCAAACAACAGAGUAACAGAGGAGUUUCUAACUAAAACUAUAUAAACUGAAAACAGAAAGCUUGGCAGGUUAUAUGUACCUGUAUUAUUAAAACGCUUCGUUUAUCAUUGAUCUCUCAAAUCAUUUCAACAGUUCCAAGUAGAAAUCAAUAAAUAACUGAAAUUUAAUAACAAUGUAUCUCAUAGUUUGGGCCAGUUACAGUUGCUGAAUGGAGCUAAAACAAUUUUUAAAACUUUUUUCAGUUUCAGGAGCGACUUGAGAGACUGCAGGUCGCUUCUGGUGUGAGAGAAUUGGCCGUCUGCAAGGACGUUGCCCAGGGGAUGGAUGUUUGAUGUUUUUACUAUCCUUUUGGGAGGCUUCUCUCAUGUCCCCUCAUGGAGCUGGAGCUGACAGAGAAAGCUCAGCUGCACUCACUCUCUCCGGGUUGGAUUUGAACCACCAACCUUCAGGUCAGCAACCCAACCUUCAAGUCAGCAGUCCUACCGGCACAAGGGUUUAACCCGCUGCACCACCGGGGGCUGCAAUUAAAAUGACAUAAGUAGUUAAAAGCAGCGGAUAAUGACAGCUAAAUAUAAGUGAUCUUUGAAGAUCAUUCCUAUCUGAGAGUAGAAGCAGAACCCCGUGGAAGCAUCUACACUACAGAAUAGAUUAAGUUUAACACCACUUUAGCUGCCAUGGUUCAAUGCUAUGGAGUCCUGUGAUCAUGAAGGAUUGCAGACAGAAAAGUCAAAGAAUGCAUCUACACUAUAGAUUAGUGGUUCUCAACCUUCCUAAUGCCGGGACCCCUUAAUGCAGACCCCAACCAUAAAAUUAUUUUCAUUGCUACUUCGUAACUAAUUUUGCUCCUGUUAUGAAUCGUAAUGUAAAUAUCUGGUAUGCAGGAUGUAUUUUCAUUCACUGGGCCACAUUUGGCCCAAAUAUCCGAUACACCCAAAUUUGAAUAAUGGUGGGGUUGAGGGGGUUGAUUUUGUCAUUUGGGAGUUGUAGUUCCUGGGAUUUAUAGUUCACCUACAAUCAAAGAGCAUUCUGAACUCCACCAACAAUGGAAUUGAUCCAAACUUGGCACACAGAACUCCCAUGAACAACAGAAAAUAUUGGAAGGGUUUAGUGGGCAUUGGGUUUGAGUUUGGGAGUUGUAGUUCAUCUACAUCCAGAGAUUGCUGUGGACCCAGGGGUCCCGGCCCCCAGGUUGAGAAACGCGACACUACAUCAUGCUGGUUCCAUUACUCAACUGCAUGCAUGUAAAUUUAUUUAUUUAUUUGCAGUAUUUAUAUUCCGCCCUUCUCACCCCGAAGGGGACUCAGGGCGGAUCACAUUACACAUAUAAGGCAAACAUUCAAUGCCUUUUAACAUAGAACAAAGAUAAGACAAACACGGGGCUUCGAGCUGGCCUCGAACUCAUGACCUCUUGGUCAGAGUGAUUUGUUGCAGUUGGUUGCUCAACAGCAAAAUUGACAUGUUCCAGCCAUGAUGUAGCAUCCCACAAUUUUUUAUUUUAUUUUUUCGUGUCAGGAGCAACCGGAGUUGCUUCUGGAGUGAGAGAAUUGGCUGUCUGCAAGGACGUUGCCCAGGGGACGCCCGGAUGUUUUGAUGUUUUUACCAUCCUUGUGGGAGGCUUCUCUCGUGUCCCCGCAUCCCACAAUGAUGGAUCUGGACCAACCUUGGCACAAAUACUCAGCAUGCCCAGAUCUAAAUACUGGUGGAAUUUUGGGGAAAGAGACAUUGACAUUUGAGAGUUGUGGUUGCUGGGAUUUAUAGUUCACCUACAAUCAAAGAGCAUUCUGGAUUCCACCAACGAUGAAAUUGAACCAAACUUGGCACACAGAACUCCCAUGACCAACAGAAAAUACUGGAAAGGUCUGCUGGGCAUUGACCUUGAGUUUAGGAGUUGUAGUUCACCUACUUCCAGAGAGCACUGUGGUCUCAAACAAUGAUGGAUCUGGACCAAACUUAGCACGAAUACUCAGUAUGUCCUAAUUUGAACACUGUUGGAAUUUGAGGAAAAUAGACCUCGAUAUUUGGGAGUUGCAGUUGCUGGGAUUUAUAGUUCACUUACAAUCAAAGAGCAUUCUGAAUUCCACCAACGAUGAAAUUGAACCAAACUUAGCACUCAGAACUCCCAUGACCAAUAGAAAAUACUGGAAGGGUUUCGUGGGCAUUGGGUUUGAGUUUGGGAUUUGUAGUUCACCUAUAUCCAGAGAGCAGUGCGGACUCCAAACAAUGAUGGAUCUGGACCAAACUUGGCACAAAUACUCAAUAUGCCCAAAUGUGAACACUGGUGGAGUUUGGGGAAAAGAGACCUUGACAUUUGGGAGUUAUGGUUGCUGGGAUUUAUAGUACACCUACAAUCAAAGAGCAUUCUGAAUUCCACCAACGAUGAAAUUGAACCAAACUUGGCACACAGAACUCUCAUGACCAACAGAAAAUACUGGAAGGGUUUAGUGGGCAUUGGGUUUGAGUUUGGGAGCUGUAGUUCACCUACAUCCAGAGAGCAUUGUGGACUCCAAACAAUGAUGGAUCUGGACCAAACUUGGCACAAAUACUCAAUAUGCCCAAAUGUGAACACUGGUGGAGUUUGGGGAAAAGAGACCUUGACAUUUGGGAGUUGUGGUUGCUGGGAUUUAUAGUUCACCUACAAUCAAAGAGCAUUCUGAACUCCACCAGCAAUGGAAGUGAAGCAAACUUGGCACACAGAAUUCCUAUGACCAACAGAAAAUACUGGAAGGGUUUGGUAGGCAUUCGCCUUGAGUUUUGGAGUUAUAGUUCACCUACAUCCAGAGAACAUUGUGGACUCAAACAAUGAUGGAUCUGGACCAAAUUUGGCACAAAUACUCAAUAUGUCCAAAUGUGAACAAUGGUGGAGUUUGGGAAAAAGAGACCUUGACAUUUGGGAGUUGUGGCUGCUGGGAUUUAUAUUUCAGAAUGCAAUCAAAGAGCAUUCUGAAUUCCACCAAUGAUGAAAUUGAACCAAACUUGGCACACAGAACUCUCAUGACCAACAGAAAAUAUUGGAAGGGUUUGGUGAGCAUUGACCUUGAGUUUGGGAUUUGUAGUUUAUUACGCCAGAUUGACAUGUGUGUGUGUAAAGAAAUCCUUUGCAAAGUUGCUUGGAUUAUGAUCUCUGCAAAAAGGGAGCUCAGCUUUUGCAGAGAGCUAAACCACGCCUAAAACAAUGUAUCGUUUUGAGAGCAGAUGGCUGAAAUUGACAGUUGGGAUUUGAGCUUGCUGGGAGAGCACAGGAAAAAGAAAGCUCUCUAAUAGCUACGGUUAAGUAGCUGAUUAAUAUGCUAUGCUGUAUAUAUAUUGAUGCUGAUUGAUUAGGUUAUUGAUCUUAUGCAACUACAUGGACAUUGUAUGAUUGCAGAAUUGUUUUGUAUUUCAACUCUACAAGCAAGAGUAAAGUUCCUUUGUUCAUUUAAAUUCCUCUGCCUGGUCUGAGUCUUUUGCACAUGGUGUUCACUGGAUGCUACUGAUUCCGCUACACACUCAACAUAGUAACAUAGUUCACCUACAUCCAGAGAGCAUUGUGGACUCAAACAAUGAUGGAUCUGGACCAAACUUGGCACAAAUACUCAAUAUGCCCAAAUUUGAAUACUGGUGGAGUUUGGGGAAAAGAGACCUUGAUAUCUGGAGUUGUAGUUGCUGGAAUUUAUAGUUCUGAACCCCACCAAUGAUAGAAUUGGGCAAUUUGGAUGUCGAACUGCAUUAUAGAUGCACCCAAAGCCAUGUUCUACCAAAAAAGGCGACCAAAGGGUUAUUUUUUUUCCUAGCAGGAUGAGAAGGCAUAAAUCGUCCUGUCCCUUGGAGAAGCUCUCUCCCCAAUUUAUUUUCGGCAGUCAAUACAAAGACAGUCUGUUGAGAAGCCGGAUGAGAAGCAGCCCGAGGCCAUGCAUUCCUUUGCCAACUGUUCCAACUGGGAAUGGAUGUUCUCCACGAGGCCGACCUACCACGAGAACCUCUGCAACGGCAGCAACCUGGAAGAGGAGAACCACAGCUACUGUGACCCCGAGGUCUUGAACAUGACGGCCGAGCAGCUCCGGCUCAAGUACCUGGGUCCCCGCCAGUCGGGCUUCUUCAUCCCGGUCUGCACCGCGUACCUCUUGAUCUUUGUGGUGGGGGCGCUGGGGAACAUGCUCACCUGCCUGGUCAUCAUCCAGCACCGCUUCAUGCGCACGCCCACCAACUACUACCUGUUCAGCUUGGCCGCCUCCGACCUGCUGGUGCUGCUCCUGGGGAUGCCGAUGGAGAUCUACGAGAUGUGGAGCAACUACCCGUUCCUCUUGGGCUCCGGCGGCUGCUGCUUCAAGACGCUGCUCUUCGAGGCCGUCUGCUUUGCCUCCAUCCUCAACGUCACGGCCCUCAGCGUGGAGCGCUACAUCGCCGUGGUCCACCCGCUGAAGGCCAAGUACGUGGUGACCAAGACCCACGCCAAGCGGGUCAUUGUCACCGUCUGGGUGCUGUCCGUCCUCUGCUCCGUGCCCAACACCAGCCUCCACGGGAUCCAGACCCUCUACGUGCCCUGCUGGGGGGUGGUCCCCGACUCGGCCACCUGCACCCUGGUCAAGUCCCGCCUGAUGUACAACCUCAUCAUCCAGGUCACCACCAUCGUCUUCUUCUUCCUGCCCAUGGGCGUCAUCAGCGUCCUCUACCUCCUCAUCGGGCUCCAGCUGCGGAAGGAGAAGAUGCUCGAAGCUCUGGAGGCCAAGUCCGGAGGCGGGUGCGACUAUCACAACGUCCGCCUCCGGCAGAAGAAGGCCAGGAGGAGGCAGGUGACCAACAUGCUGUUUGUGCUGGUGGUGGUCUUUGGCAUCUGCUGGGCGCCCUUCCACACGGACCGCCUGGUCUGGAGCUUCAUCACCCACUGGACGGAGACCAUGCAGCACAUGUUCCAGUACAUCCACAUCAUCUCGGGGGUCUUCUUCUACCUGAGCUCGGCGGCCAACCCCAUCCUCUACAACCUGAUGUCCACCCGCUUCCAGGAGAUGUUCAAGGAGGUGAUGUGCCACCAGCGCUCCAAGGGGAAGGGGUCCCGCAAGCGCUCCCCCAGCAGCACCCGUGCCACCAUGCGCAGCACCCUCUCCGAAAACAUCACGGGGGGCAACGGGCAGCCCCUCUCCGACAUGGAAGAGUACGAGAUGGACCUCAAAGGGGAGAACACCCACGAGCACGAAGCCCCGUGCCUUUGAGAGCCCCGCAGGACUCCUAUGGGAUUGGGGCAGGGACCCAACGUUCUGGCGCAUGCUGCAAAAGCGCAGUGAACAUGGAUGUCAUUGUGUAUUUAAACAAUUAAAUAAAUUGCAUAUUGCAUUCACAAGUGCUAUGUAUUCUGAGUGAUGCAAAUAGACAGCUCUCUCUAUUCAUGAUUGCAAAAACAAAUUUGACAGCAAGGGGUGCAUCUACACUGUUUAUUUAUUUCGUGUCAAAAGCAUUGUACAACAAAUACAUUUCAAAAUGAUGGGGGGGAAAAAAGAAAUCACAAGCAACUAAAUAGUUUUGGACCAAAAGCGGGCAACAGCAACCGCAUUGUCUGUAGCUUUAAACAACUCCUCCUCCGUACAUGAGGCAGGGCAUUGUGGGCAAGCAUACAUAUGCGGAGUUGUUUGUUCAGCUCCACAGUCACACAAGGUGGAGGAUUCCUCCAGGUAGUGCCACCUUGCCAAGUUGUCUUUUGAUCUGCCCACUCCGCUUCUCAGUCUGUUCAGGGACUUCCAAGUUGCCCAUUCUUGGUUUUCCCCUGGAAGAAGGAGGACCCUCAUGGGGGGCUAUCCAGUUGGGAUUGCCUGGUUUGGCUGCCCAGAGAGACACCCUUGCUGCUGCUGGAGGAACAUCAAGAGGAGUGGUGGUUCUCAUGAAGCUCCUUCUUGACUUGAGUCUACUGGGAGGAGGCUGAUAGUCAUGCAGUGGGUGGCUUUCACAAUGUUCGACCUUUUUUCUCUCACCGUUAGCAGCAACUUCCCGUCGCACGUCAGGAGGGGCAAUGCCAGCUAACUUGUAGAGUUUAUCAACAGGAGUAGGUUUAAGGCAUCCCGUGAUGAUUCUACAUGUUUCAUUCAGUGCUAUGUCCACCUGCUUUGCAUGGGCAGACUUGUGCCAAACAGGACAGGCGUACUCCGCAGUUGAGAAAGACAAGGCCAGGGCUGAUGUUCUUACUACUUGUGGGUCUGCUCCCCAUGCGCUGCCAGUCAGUUUCCGCAGGAUGUUGUUGCGUGCAGCUACUUUGUGCUUGGUGUUCGUUCAGUGUUUCCUAUAUGUUAGUGUUCGGUCAAAGGAGACACCAAGGUAUUUAGGAUGGAAACAGUGUUCAAGCUCUUGGCCUUCCCAAGUCACUUUCAGUUUCCUGUUGGCUUCGCGGUUACGUAGGUGGAAAGCACACACUUGUGUCUUGGCAGGGUUAGGCUUCAGGUUAGGCUUCAAUUCUACACUGUAGAAUUACCAUAUAUACUCGAGUAUAAGCCGACCCGAAUAUAAGUCAAGGCACCUAAUUUUACCACAAAAAAAACUGGGAAAACAUUGACUCAAGUAUAAGCCGAGAGUGGUAAAUUUCAGAAAUAAAAUAGAUACCAAUAAAAUUACAUUAAUUGAGGCAUCAGUGGGUUAAAUGUUUUGAAUAUUUACUGUAUUUCAAAGAAAAACAGUAAACUAACUCUAUAAGUGGAAAAGCAACACUAACUUUAUAAUAAUAAUCAUCAUCACCUAUCUCCCCCUGGGGACUCAGGCCAGCUUCCAACAUAGUAACAGGCAAACAUGUAAUGCCUACAUAAACAAUGCAGAGCUAGAUAUAGAUCUAUCAUUAUAUAUACUAAUUUCACAUGUGUAUUUCCCCCUGAAACCUUUGCAAAUCCUCUCUCUAUGUGCAUUUUCCUCCUGCAAUAUUUCCAAGCCCGAUUUAUCAAUGUUUAUAUCUAGACAUCUGUGUGUGUGUGUUUGCGCACACGCAUUUUCCCUCUCCACUUGCAAACAUGUGAGGGUAAAAUUCAUAUAAAAUUCAUAUAUAAAAUUAAUGUAUACAUAUAGGAACAGAUAUACAGGUACAUGGAAAUCUCUAGUUAUCUAUAUUUACAUAGGAUUUGCAAAGACCUGUAAACAUAUGAGGGGAAAAUUCAUAUAUUAAUGUAUUUGUAGGGGGAACAUCUAUAUAAAUAUUCAUAAGCUUUGGGGCAUGCAUUUACCCAAGGAAGAAAUGCAAGCAAAGCCCCCCCAAAAACAACUUUGUCCUCUUUUCUCCUGCCCUUUCCCACCUCUUUUUUUUUCUCCCUUUUUCAAACUCUAAAAGUAGCCAGAAAAGUCUUUUUAAAACUUCUAUCCCCCUCCCAAAAAAACCCACCUCAUUUUUGUUUCCUUAGGAAUAAAAAGAAAUACCUUCUGUUGCUCUCUUUUCCCUCCCUUUGGACUCAAAUGUUCUUGCAAUAAUAGUAUUAAUAAUAAUAAUAAUAAUAAUAAUAAUAAUAAUAAUAAUAAUAAUAAUAACAACAACAACAAUAAAUCGUGCAAAUUUGCAAGAAUAUCUUUUUUUCUCCCCCUUCUACCCAUGCAAUCUGGCUUGCAAGGGUUUCUCUCACACUCUCCUUUCGCUUUUGAAAACAUUCGCUUCUUCUCUGCCUCUCUCUCAAAAAAAUAUAAGAUAACCAGCCUGGGAGGAGAAGCAGAGGAGGGAGGUUUUGGAAAAGAAAACAUACUGUGGCCUCCAGGCUCUGCUGCUGGCUUGACCUUGACCCGAAUAUAAGCCGGGGGAGGCUUUUUCAGCUCAUAAAUAAGGGCUGAAAAACUCGGCUUAUCUUCGAGUAUAUACGGUAAUGCAGUUUGAUACAACUUUAAGCACUUUUAAUCAAAAUUGUAUCAAACUAUGGACAUUGUAUUUCCAACCUACACUAGGUACUUUGAUGUCUACGUAGAUGUGAACUAUAGGCAAAACGGUGUCCACAAAAACCGUGUUCCUAUUUGUCCAAAUAGGGAAGAAGUGCAAAACGUCUUCUCGGUUAUUUAUUGGACUGCAAGCGGUCUCAUUGUGUUCUACACAAGCCAUUGUUUCAACCGGCUUGUUGGAAAAGCUCCCAAACUUUCUAUUAUUGCAAAAUGACUGACGCAGCCGCUAAAAUAAAAUAGCAUAGCUCCUCCUGUUCAAACGCUCUCCUACUUUUCUGGGAAAAAUAAAUCCCAUGUAUCCAUCAGUCCUUGCAUGCAGAAAACUAGCUCUCCUCAAGGGAAAAUCAACAUAUGCUGGGAGUUGUAGUUUUAUAAGGUAUUUAGCCUUCUCUGUUGGACGUGUCCUAGUGCCUCACCAAACUGCAAAAUCCAUAAUUCCAUAGCAUUGAGCUCUGGCAGUUAAAGUGGAAUCAAACUGCAUUAAUUCUACAGUGUAGAUGCUUUACACCAGGCAUGGGCAAACUUCAGCCCUCCAGUUUGGACUUCAACUCCCACAAUUCCAAACAGCCAGUAGGCUGUUAGGAACUGUGGAAUUUGAAGUCCAAAACACCUGGAAGGCGAAGUUUGCCCAUGCCUGAUUUAGACCAAAUGAGUUACUGUGAGUUUUCUGGGCUGUCUGGCCAUGUUGCAUUCUCUCCUGAGGUUUCACCCACAUCUGUGGCAGGCAUCCUCAGAGGUUGUGAGGUCUGUUGGAAACUAGGCAAGUGUAGUGUAUAUAUCUGUAGAAUGGUCAGGAUGGGAGAAAAAAUUCUUGUAUGCAUGAGGCAAUCAUGGCCAGCUAGCACCUCCCAACAAAGGAUUCCCCCAGGCAGGAAGCAGCCAAGCUUUGAAGCUGUGAAGCUAUUCAGUGCUAAUCAUGCUGGCCAAUUGCAACAUUCACACUUGCCUCAGGCAGACAAGAAUUCUUUCUCCCACCCUGGACACUCCAUAGAUAUAUAAACUGUCAGAGUAAUGCGCACAACGUAGCAGCAGAUGAAUGACGUCAGAGACUAUGUUAAAAAGUAUUUACAAAGUUUUACUGAACAAAACAAACAGACUGGCAGACAAUAGACACAGGACUCUCACUCUAGCCAAACAGCCUUCUCAGCAGGCAGAAAACAGAUCUCAUCUGAUGCAAUCAGCUAUAUACAAACACACUUGUAGUCUGGACACUCCUAUCUGGCUCCAGCCACAUAUCCAAGGUCAAUACAGCUUCUUACCAAAUUAACUCUUUACACACUAUAGCAUUUCCUGGAUGAUGCAAUACAUGCUAGACACAAAUUUCAUUUAAACACUACUAAUACACAAAUCCCACCUUAACAUAAACCUCACUUGUAUAGUUUCCAAUAGACUUCACAAGCUCUGAGGAUGCCUGCCAUAGAUGUGGGUGAAAUGUCAGGAGCAAAUGCUUCUGGAAUGUGGCCAUACAGCCUGGAAAGCGCACAGCAACCCAGUGAUUCUGACCAUGAAAGCCUUCGACAACACAAUUGCUAUCUCUCUCUCUCCCUCAGUUGUAUCUGAUUUACUUUUUCAUGGAUAAGAAUUAUUUGCAAUUAUUUUCCUUUCCUAGGUGCGUUCCAAUUGAUUUGAGGGUUAAGUAGUAGCUUCAUUAAACGAAAGCACUUUCUCCCCAGACAACUUGGCCAUCCAGAGCAUUCGCUUUGCUCCCUUCCAUCCAAAGCCAUUUUUCUUCCAGAAAAUACAGUUGUUCGUCUUUCGAACCUAAAUUGCGAUGACAGCCGGCUCUGUGGGCUGCAGGCUCUUCCCUGUUGCCGUUGUCAUUUUUUCAAAUGGAUUUGCUGCAAUACUUAUUAUCCUGCCAAGAGGGAAUUUUCCAGCUUUAUCUAAAUACAUUUUUAUAUAAAACAGAAACACGCCAGUCUCUUGGCCUUGUCGUCAAGAUCUAAGUGAAAGACCUCGCUUGGGAUAUGUUUUUUUAAAAAAAAUUCUGCUUCUUUAUUACCCCGGAGAGUAUUUAUUAAUAACUUCAUUUCUCCUUAAAAGCCCUAAAUAGCACAUCUUAUCUAAUUGGGACAAUAGUUUAGAAUAGGAAGGGGGAAAAUCCCAAACAUAUCCAACUAUUCAUUAUUGGGUUGCUGUAAGUUUUCCAGGCUGUAUGGCCAUGUUCCAGAAGCAUUCUCUCCUGACGUUUCACCCACAUCUAUGGCAGGCACGCAGAAAUAAUAUAAAAGGGAAACUUCAGUUUUAUCGUAUUUAUUUAUUGUAUUGUUACAAGUGUUUUAUCUAAUUUUUGUAUAGAAUGUAAUCAGGUCUUUUCAAGCCUGGUUGUUUGGCUUGGUACUUUGAUAUGGCCUAAGGGCUAAUCAAUAAAAUGUUCUUCUUCUAUAAAAGGGAAACUAAAUGCCCCAAAAGCACCAAAUCCUACCUGAUCUUGGAAAAUAAGCAGUGUCAGCUCUGGAUAAUAAUUGGAUGAUAGACCAUCAAGGGAUACUGAGUGCCGUUUUUAGAGAAAGGACUUGGCAAAACUACAAGGGUUGAAUGAAAAGUAAUGCCUCCACCUUCGUUACUUGGGUUUGGAUGGGAAUAUUUUAAUAAAUCAAAAGCAGAAAUAAUCCUUAGAAUGUGCUCUUGAACUCCCACUAUUCACUUUUCCACAUAAUCACCAGACAAUUUGAUACAUUUCUGCCAACGAUGGACAAGUUUUCUGAAGCUGUCACGGAAGAAGUCGACACUCUGUUUCCUCAACCAGUGUCUCACAGAUCUUGCACAAAUCUUCCAAUAGCCAAGCAAAGCGAUAAUGUUCUUGUGAAAUGCUGAUUAUGCUUGAAAUUUCUCUCCGAGUGAUACGACGAUCAUCCUGAAUCAAUCUGUCAACCAUUUGCUUGCGAAACUUGGUGGUUCCUGUCACAGGAUAUCUAACUACUUGUCAUUCAAGUCAGAUGUUCCCACCUCAACAUCUUUAAACUUACUUGGCCAGCGAUGCACAAGACUCCCAUCAACACAAUAAUCAUAAACAGCUUGCAUUCUCUGAUGAAUCUCCUUUGGGGUGACACCUUCAUCUGUCAAGAAUUCAGUGACUGCACGUUGCUUAAAUCGCAUUGACCGACCAUCUGCACAGGGUUCCAUACUUCACACUUGAACAACACAACCGUUCAAUGCUAAGGCUUCCCCAUCUGCGCAGGGUUCCAUACUUCGCACUUUAACAACACAACCGUUCAAUGCUAAGGCUUCCCCGUCUGCGCAGGGUUCCAUACUUCGCACUUUAACAACACAACCAUUCAAUGCUAAGGCUUCCCCGUCUGCACAGGGUUCCAUACUUCGCACUUUAACAACACAACCGUUCAAUGCUAAGGCUUCCCGCCAAAUGGAACUGCAGAGGAGAGUCUACUGAACAAGCCAGGACCAGCCGCAGACCAGGACUGCCAUCUGCUGAGGAGUUACGAAGGUGGAGGCGUUACUUUUCAUUCAACCCUCGUAUAAUGGGAUUUGGGAUUGGAUACAGGGAGCUACAGCUCCUGUUUUGGGAGCCUUGGAGCAUAUUCUGUCCCAGCAAAAGAGACACUUCCAUCUCCGGCCUCUUUGCAUCGUUUGCUCUGAAAUCAUCUCCUCCUUGGCUAAAAGGACUGGCUCUUCUUCCAGGCUGAUUCAAUCUUUGGCAGAGAUUUGAACUUGGACUGUGUGUGUCUUAGCAAUAACUCACCACUUUGGAUGCAAACACUCCAGGGAGAGGCCGAGUUUAAUUUCCUUUAGGAUCCAUUUAUUGCUCAUUUUGGUAGCCCACAGUAUUUGUAAGACUUUCCUCCUGCAAAACGUUUCAAAUGGCACUUCUUCCUUCCUGUUCGCUUUAUUCACUCUCCAGCUUUCAUCACUAUUUGGAGAAAUCAGAAAUCAGAAUGGCGUGGAUUAUUCUGACACUGGUGUUUAAUAACACUAUGUAACACUAUUUUUGCUCCUGGGUUAUCAAUGUCAUUUCCUAAUUGUUUUAUCAUGAAAACAUCUCGAAAGUUUAUCAAACUGCAAAACUUUAUCUUUGCGGGAGGGACAUCAAAAUGCAGAACAUUUUGCUACAGUUUUCCAACGAAUAUCUCAUCAAAUCUCAACCGAGUUUGUAGCACAAAAAUGAAGUUUCUGGAGUAGAACAACUACAGUAGAGUCUCACUUAUCCAAGAUAAACGGGCCGGCAGAACCUUGGAUAAGUACAAAUGUUGGAUAAUAAGGAGGGAUUAAGAAAAAGCAUAUUAAACGUAAAAUUACAUUAUGAUUUUACAAAUUAAGCACCAAAACAUCAUGUUUUACAACCAAUUGACGGAAAAAGCAGUUCAAUACACAGUAAUGUUAUGUAGUAAUUACUGUAUUUACAAAUUUAGCACCAAAACAUUGCAACAUUUACAACAAAAACAUUGACUACUAAAAGGCAGACUGCGUUGGAUAAUACAGAACAUUGGAUAAGUGAAGCUUGGAUAAGUGAGAUUCUACUGUACUUCCAAAGUAAGUGUCACACAGUUAAACAGGAAACAAUAGUUUCAAACCAGGAACAGAUUUUUUUUUCAAAUUUUGUUACAUAGUGUCCCCUAUUUUAACACUUCGAGAUUGUAGCUCAUUCCUUCAUGGCUUUUCCUUCCAAAACUUUGGCUGCAUCUACAUUGUAUAAUUAAUGCAGUUUGACACCACUUUGACCACCAUGACUCAAUGCUAUGGAAUCAUAAUUGUUGUAAUAAUUUUACGAGGUCUUUUGCUUUCUCUGCCAAAGUACAACAUGCACGAUACCAUAGUAUUGAACCACAUCUGUUAAAAGUGGUGUUAAACUACAUUAAUUCUACAGUGCGGAUGCACCCUUAGAGGAUCAAGGGAGUUGGGUUGGUAAGAUGCUUUCUUCAAAGGCUCCUCUUUGCACUGAACGAGCUCAUCCACCCAUCCAAUUGUACCUCCUGAUGUUUGGUACAAAUAGGUUCAAAAUCUUGGAUAGCCCUUUUAAAUUUUGUAUUAAAAUCUGGAGCGGAUCCGCUGUCCCACUGACAUGGAAGUCACUCACAGCAGCCCCUUCUACACUGACAUAUAAAACCCAGAUUACCUGCUUUGAACUGGAUAAUAUGGUAGUGUAGCCUCAUUUAAUCGAGUUCAAAGCAGAUAAUGUACGAAGGUUGAAUGAAAAGUAAUUUUUCUAAAACAUAGGCUACUUUCAAGACCUCUGACCCUUCCAUUAGGCCUUAUCUAAGGAAACCCUAUCUUGGCUCUUGUUGCACCCCAAGGCAGCGUGAACACUGGAAACUAGACAGAGACCAAUAAUCAUAUAAUAUCUUUAUUAAAGCAAAUAUAAAUUCAGAAAUGCAUAAGCAGAAAGGAUGAGUGGGAAAUAGUCCUUUGUGAUGAGGUAUGAAUAAAUCCAAAAAGAUGAAGGAAAAUGUCCAAUAUUAUAAGUCCAAAACCGAAACACGCUCAAACUGUUGGGAAGUUUGAGCAGGGAACAACAAGGAAGCAAGGCUGAAUAACAAGGUCCCAAGUCACUAGGAGAUCGUGGAUAUCAAAGCAGGAACAAGACGAAGCGAAGAUCAAACUUGAUUCAGGAACAAGGCAAGGAAGCGAAUUUACUCCAGUUUAAAACGGGAGUUGCGGCUUGGCUUGGCCGCCAGGAACAGGAGGCUUGGCUUGGUGAAAUCAGGGAACUGGAGUCGGUGAAGUGUUCUCAGGAAAACGCUACGUUGACACCACAAAUUGUCUGCAGUGCAAGGCACUUUUAUGGAACGAAGAUCAGAUCCCAACGCAGGGAGACUGUCAAGACCCAGGCUGCAGAGCACCAAUAACCAUGCGCAGAGGCCAGAAUCUAUCUAAUAUCUUUAUUAAAGGAAUAUAUAAAGUUAAUAAAAACAAGUGAAGAAUAUAGUUCAGAAGUAGACCUUUCAGGAAAGGUCAAAUAUAGUCCAGGAAAACAAUGUCCAAUAUGAGAUAUUAGAGUCCAAAGUUAUAAUCCAAUAACCGAAACACACACUUUGCCAAGCAAAGUGUGGGGAAAUGACAGGGUCCUUUAGUCCAAUGGAGCUUGACAACAAGGCUGGAAGCAAACUAGAUUCUUGGCAAACAAGGCUUGAUACGUGGCAACAAGAGGCAAGAAGCAAGAACGAGGUCCGUGGCAAGAUCCGGGGACAAGGCAGGCUUGGAACUGGAACAAGGUCCGAGGGAACUGGAGUAGCGUAGUCCACACACGAUUUACUCCCGAAGCUGACGAAUUGACUCCGCAAGGAUUUCUUUGCAGGCAAACACCUAUAUAGGAUCUUGUUUUCCCGCCAAGGAACACUUUCCCUGGGGAACAAGAAACGAAACCCAUACUGUGUCCAGAUGCAUGACUCCUUAAAGUUUCCCAAGGGAAACAGACUUAAUCAGCUAAUUGUCUGGCAGCUAUCCUGGCGCUCCUGCGAGUCGCCUCCCGAGCGCCUCUAUCUUGAUUAUAAUAAUCCCGGCGAGAAAAUGGGGGAGAUUUCUGCUCAAGGCUUGUUUGGCUGACUUCCUGUGGGCGAACAUCUUGCAGGUGCAAGGGCUCCAAUUCUGGCUGAAACGGUGGAAAACCCAAGUUUUCCUCUUCAUCUGCCUCAAUAGUACCAGGAACGGGACUACAAGGCACAUGAGUCAUCACAGAGACCAAACUCCCCAAAAGUUCCCAAGGGAAUCUUCUUAUCCACAAUCCCCUCGAGAUGCCAAGCGGUUACUACUUUUAAGCCCUUGUUUUUCUGAUCUCUGGCGAUGCAGAAACUCCCUUCGGUUGAAGGACACAUUCUCUGGGGAACUCUGGACAUCUGGUUCAGCCACGGGAGUAACAUCUCCAGUAUUUCUCCCCAUUAAGGAUGUUAAUGUGGGAUUUGUGUAUUGGUAGUGUUUAAAUGCAAUUUGUGUCUUGGUUUGUAUUGCAUACUGAUUGCAUCAUCCAGAGUGUACUAUAGUCUGGAAAGAGUUAAUUACUGGGAAGCUGUGAUGACCUUGAUGUGUGGCUGGAACUGGGGAGUGUCCAGACACAAGUGUUUGUGCAUUGCUGAUUACAUCUGUUCUGUUCUGCUGUCUGCUGAGAAGUCAAGUCCUGUGUCCAUUGUCUUCAAGUCUGUUUGUCUUUAUUACUGCUUUCAGUAAAACUUGUAUAUAGUUUUA